AAAGAGUGGCGAUCGUGACUGAGUAGCUGUAAAUGUGUGAUUUGAGACACACAAGGCAAAAAACAAUCUCAAAAAAUGGUUAUGUUAUCUAUUAUUGCGUCAAAUGUGUGCUAAAAAGUUGUAAUUAAAAGAAGAAGAAAAGGAAUUGCUGACAUAUAUAAAGACAGCAUAGAAUAUUGAAUUGAAAUCUCCGUUUGCACAGUUACAGUUUAGUCGUCGUCGACGAAGUAAUUAGUGAAAAACUCCUCGAGAAUUCAAGAAAAAAAUCAAAAUGGCCAAGUGUGUGCUUCUUCUUCUUGCUUUUAUUUGCGCUGUUCGCGCAAAUAUGAAGCCUGUACCACCCAAUCCAGAUUUUCCCAAUCAAUGUUGGGAUGGCAAAAACAAAACGUAUAACAUUGGCAAAUAUUAUCCAUUGUUGCAUACAUCGUGCAAGCAAAUGUGGUGCCGUGAAGACUUCAUCUUGAUUAAAGAAGACUGCGGUAUAGUGGAAGUACCUACAGGCUACAAAAAUGUCCAAGACUUAACAAAGCGAUUUCCAGACUGUUGUGUGAAGCUAAUCAAGAUAGAUGACACUGAGAAAGAGAAAGAGAAGAGCUGAAGAUGGACAAAGUUAACCACAGUUUUUUAGCGAUUAAGUUGUGAACGAUUUCAUUUGACUCAGUAUGCCAUUUAAGUGAUAAGAAAUAAAAACCUUCGCCUUGAGCACAUCGUCUGAUAGAAUGUGCGUCCGAUGCAAAAUUAAAUCAACAAAAAGGAAUUACAUAUGACAGUACAGUGUACUGAGUACACAAUCAACAUCAUCAUCACAGAGAGUUGACUGAAUGAAUUCCGACUAAGCAUCGUUCGUAUACGGACGUUUCAUUCACCAUGCGUCCACAAUCAUAGUCACUAGCGUUCGCCUAGCGGCAACCAUUAUCUCUGUAAACAAUACGAUACGGCUAGCGUAUGUGACAAUGAUUCAACUGAGAUGCAUCACUUCAGAAAUUUAGUCAUACGAGGUACCUCGAUCAUUCUAAUAAUCUAGUUUUACGCUGUGCCUUUGUUUGUAAUCGAUCGAAAUAAAAUUACUCUCUCUCUCUCAGUCAUUUUGCCCAGUUGAAGUGAAGCUGUUGUGUGUUUUCAUUAAUCGUGUGUUUUGCGUCUACAUUUGCGAGCGAAAUAUGUGGGUUAGACGUAUUUCAGUGAUAAAGUUAUUUUUAGUUUACGCUUUGUUUAUUGCCAAUGCUUUGUGCAAUGUAAACGACUACGACAUCACUUGCAAAGAUGAAAAAGGACAGAAUGUUGACUGGUUUUACUUGUACAAAUUGCCAGGCCGAUUCGAUGCGUCUAUUCAGAAAAAAGGAUGUUUGUACUUCUUCAUAACACCAAAUUCGGUUAGUUCACAAUGGACGUUAUCCGAAUUCUCUUUGGAAAACGAAAAAAGUAUGGCCGGACAAACGCUAGCGCAGGCCUAUUUCAGUGCUGAUCAAGUGAAAGAAGAUCGUGUGUUGAUUGCCUACAACGAUGAACCACCAAACGCAAAGGGAAACUCGAAGAAUGGACAUUUGAAAGGUGUUGUCGUUGCCGAUAAACGAAGUGGAUUCUGGCUAGUUCACUCAGUACCACUAUAUCCAAAUAUUACGUCUGAUGCAAGCGAUUACCACUAUCCGUCGACUGGACUAAUUUAUGGACAAUCUUUUCUCUGCUUAUCGCUGAAUGCGAAUCAAAUCGAUGUUGUUGGCAAGCAACUUAUUUACAACGAACCUCAAGUCUACGAAUCUAAAUUGCCGCAAAGUUUAGUUGAAGCUUUCCCAAAUAUUCAACGUUUGAUCGAAGGAAAACGCAUAAUUAACGGUCCCUAUUGGAAUGAGGUUGACUUAACCACACUGAACGGGGAGGUCUUUAAAGCAUUUGCCAAAUCAUCGAAAUUCUCCAAGGAACUCUAUGAAGAUUGGAUCGCACCCAGCUUGAAUACUAACCUAUAUGUGGAAACAUGGCGCAAAGGCUCUGGCAAUUUCCCAUCGAAUUGCACAAAAGCAACACGUGUAUGGAAUGUGUCGAAAGUGAAAUUUAAUCAAAGCAUUUUCUUCCCGACAACGGAUGACCAUUCAAAAUGGGGAGUGAGCGAUGAUAAAUCGGAUUGGGUAUGCGUUGGAGAUAUCAAUCGUGCGGCGAUGCAAACGAGACGCGGUGGAGGGAGUGUUUGUCAUAAUUCAAAAUCGAUUUCACUGAGCUAUCGGGCACUUAUAGCAGAUUUCGAACCUUGUCCAACUUAAAAAUUGUAAAACAUCAUCAACUUUCCAUAUGGCAUCUCACCAUGGAAAUGCAGAAAGCACAAUCAAUGUUCAAACAAUGAAAUGUCAUGUUUUCAAUAUUAAAAGGCAGUCCAUUGUUUCUGCAUUUCAUUACACAUCAAAUAUUUUACAACUUUUCUCUCCACUUGAUGAGAAAUCCGAGCCGAAAAGACUUGUACAAAUUGAACAGAAUCAAAUGAAUUGCAUUGGAUUUCCACUAAAAUUGUAUCAUUCUCAAUUCAAACAAAUAAAAUGGCUUUUGAAACACAG